UGCCUAACUAAAAGACUAAAAACCUAUCUCACCCAUCCUCCUCACCCUCUCUUCCAGCACUGCCACCGUCUACUGUUCAUCCACCUCCAGCUUCAUGCUGAUGCUCCCAACUCCCAAGGAUGACUUGACCACCUGAGCAGCUGAGCAUCAGAGCAUAGCAUCCGUGGUGUCGUUGGAUGGAUGGAUGCCUGGAUCACUCACCCGGGAGAGGAAGAGUACUAGCUAAUCACUGCCGAGAUUCCAGCACACGGAUACGUCUGUAAGCUUACACGCUGCAGAGAGUACUAGAUCGGGCGCUGCACAUUCCGCCGCGCGGAUGGAGCACCACCACCACCACCAUCACAUGAUCCCGGGCCAAGAACCGGCGGUGCCGGACGGCGCAAACCAGGACAGCUUCUUCCUCGGCCCCGGUGCGGCCGUCAUCUUCCCCGGCGGCGCCGGCGCGUCUGGGGCUGGCUCAUCGUCGUCUGGCGCUGGGGCCCUCGGGUCCUCGGCGGGGGGAGGCGGGCCGUCGCCGUCCAGCUCGUCGCCGUCGCUGAGCCGGUACGAGUCGCAGAAGCGCCGGGACUGGAACACGUUCGGGCAGUACCUGCGCAACCACCGGCCGCCACUGUCGCUGUCUCGGUGCAGCGGCGCGCACGUUCUGGAGUUCCUCAAGUACAUGGACCAGUUCGGCAAGACCAAGGUGCACACGCCGGUGUGCCCCUUCUACGGUCACCCCAACCCGCCGGCGCCGUGCCCGUGCCCGCUGCGCCAGGCCUGGGGCUCCCUCGACGCGCUCAUCGGCCGCCUCCGCGCCGCCUACGAGGAGAACGGCGGCACGCCCGAGAUGAACCCCUUCGGCGCGCGCGCCGUGCGGCUCUACCUGCGCGAGGUGCGCGAGACGCAGGCGCGGGCCCGCGGGAUCAGCUACGAGAAGAAGAAGCGCAAGAAGCCGUCGUCGGCCUCGGCCGCGGCGGCGGGGCCGUCCGAGGGGAGCCCGCCCCCCGGGUCGUCCGGCGGUGGAGGGGCUGACACGUCGGCGUCGCAGCAGUUCAUCAUGCCGUGAGUUUUUUCCUAGCUAGGUGAUCCAUCCACAUCCAUUGAUCCACCUGAGUCUGAGCUAGCUGCUAGCCGCACGAGUUGGACUUCUUGGAAUGGCGGUGCGCUGGUAGAACAACAAGGCUAGGCCAUUGUUCUUGCCUUCUUCAGUGGCUUCUUGCAUUUUGCAAAAGAUUUCUCCCAUUGUUUUUCAUUUCACUUUAAUCAUCGAGUGAGUACUAGUUGAAUCAUUGCUGUUUUAUUUAAAUUUCAGUUAAUGGUUAUGUUUUUGCUUGGUUUAUUUUGCUCCCCGAGAGGGUCGCAAGAACAGUAUGUGUGAAUCUAGCUUAGUAGUUAGCAGUUGUUGUUCAUUGUCUGGGAUAAAUUUUUCAACAACAGUAGCAGUGUGGUGCUGGUGCAUAAGCCAGCAACCUAACAUGCUAGCUAUUCAUCUCGAUCAUUGGCACUAAAGAAAAUGCUUCAUUAUCCAUUCAUGUACUGCUGGUGGUACAAUUUCCUUUUCUCGUCAGGGGAGCAAAAGGGCACAAUGCAUGG